AUGGAGAUCGGCACCGAGAUCAGCCGCAAGAUCCGGGGCGCUAUAAAGGGAAAAUUGCAGGAGCUGGGGGCUUAUGUCGAUGAAGAGCUCCCUGAUUAUAUUAUGGUAAUGGUGGCCAACAAAAAGAGUCAGGAGCAGAUGACAGAGGACCUUUCCCUUUUCCUAGGAAACAACACUGUCCGGUUUACUGUAUGGCUACAUGGUGUGUUAGAUAAACUUCGGUCUGUAACUACUGAACCUACUAGCCUAAAGUCUUCAGACUCUAACAUCUUUGAGAGCAACUUGCCUUCCAGCAAAAGCAGUUCAUGUGGGAGUGAUGAAAGACGGCGUGAGGAAAUCCUACCACCUCUUGCAGUCUCCAGCACUCGGGCUGAAAGAAACGAUUCCAGAGUUUCAACCAGCUCACAAGAGCAGAGAGCUGCUGCUGCCCGGCAGUCUUAUGAAGAUGGAUCUGCAUCCCGCUUAAUGUCAACGGUCAAGCCUCUAAGAGAGUUGUCGCCUUCUGAAGCUGUGAUUGACAUUAAACCUGAACCAGAUGAUCUCAUUGAUGAAGACCUAAAUUUUGUGCAGGAGAAUCCAUUGUUGUCUCGGAAGAAAGCUGUUGUAACUGUAACUUAUGGAUCUUCCCGUCCUACUGCUGAAAUCUACAGACCACCAGCUAGCAGAAGCAUGGACAGCCAUAUACACUUACAAAGAUUGCCGCAGCAAGGCAGUCUACAGGGUGGUAGGCAGUUGGACAUGGAAAGCUGCAGGUCUUUGGAAACAAUCCCGCUAUGUGAUCCAGAAGCAUUUGUCAGCUUAGCAGAGAGUUACAGGCCCACCUCCAAACUGAGUGCUGAUAAAAUAAGCAGUGAGGAAGAAAGCUCCAGGAAGAGAAAAUUGCCAGUUAUAAGCUCAGUGGUCAAAGUGAAAAAGUUCAGUAAUGAUGGGGAGGAGGAGGAGGAGGAGGAAGACUAUGGGUUACGAAUAGGAAGUAUCUCCAGCAGUGUGUCUGUACCAGCAAAGCCUGAAAGAAGACCUUCACUACCACCCUCCAAACAGGCCAAUAAGAAUUUAAUACUGAAAGCUAUAUCUGAAGCUCAGGAAUCGGUUACAAAGACAACCAACUAUUCCACAGUUCCACAGAAGCAGACAGUUCCAGUUGCACCCAGAACAAGAAUUGCCCAGGAUGAAACUCUAUUAGAAGUGAUCCAUAUUCAGAGCCGACCUUCCAGAGUGAGCGCCCAGAUUGAGGCAGAAGAACCCAAGGAACAGACAUUAGAAAGAAUUCAAGGAACUCAACAAACGCAGCUCUUUUCCCGUAUCCAGACUGAACCGUUAAUUGAAGAAACUUUGCAAAUGACUCAAGAUUAUUAUGACGUGGAGUCUGUGGUCCACACUGAUACUAGAUCAUUUAUUCUGAAAAAGCCAAAGCUAUCUGAGGAAAUAGUAGUGCCACAGAAUCAGGAAUUGGGAAAGAAGGCUGCAGAGGCAAUGCGGGCACUUUCAGGACGUCUUAUACAGACAAGAGAGCAGCUUGCACAACCAGAAAAGCCUGCUAGUCCCAAAUUCAUUGUGACACUGGAUGGUGUGCCCAGUCCACCAGGGUACAUAUCUGAUCAAGAAGAGGAGGAGAGCUGUAUAACUGAAGGAGUAAAGCCAGUUACCCAAAAUGCAGCUGCAAACAAGGGAUUAAAAAGCUUUCAAGCACAGCAGAUGCAGGUUAUAAGCAGGCAGCUGGAGAGCCCUUAUGUGGAGAUGGAGGAAUUGACUGUGCUGCAGAAACAAGAGAAAGUGCUUGAGCGUUGCAAGUACUGGCCUGCCUGUAAAAAUGGAGAUGAAUGUGCAUACCACCACCCCACAUUACCAUGCAAAGUCUUUCCCAGUUGCAAAUUUGCUGAUAAGUGCCUGUUUAUCCACCCCAACUGUAAAUACGAUGCAAAGUGUACUAAGCCAGACUGCCCUUACACUCACGCCAGCCGACGAAUCCCAUUGCCGCCUCCCAAACCAGCACCACUACAAGCACCACCAGCAACCUCCAACAGUCAGCUCUGCAGAUUUUUCCCUGCUUGUAAGAAAAUGGAAUGUCCAUUUUAUCAUCCAAAACACUGUAGAUUUAACACCCAGUGUACAAGACCAGACUGCCCAUUCUACCAUCCCACUAUUGCUGUACCUCCACGUCAUGCCUUGAAAUGGACUCGAACUCAAACCAGGAACAGUACAUAGGCCCCUGAUAAUCUGACAGUAGAAGAUAAAGGCAUUCAAGACCAGUUUGGUUUAAGACUAGAAGCUGAAGAGGACCAAAAUCAAGACAAGGAUUUGGUCUGACAAUACCACAGUGAUUGGUACAAAGAGUGCAUAGUAAGUUUUGGCAUGCUCACAUAUUUAUCCAGAUAAGUAAAAAUGAACGGUACUGUAAACAUUAGGGAAAAAAAGAACAGAUGACAAGAGGCAGGAAAGUCUGCAGGUAUGAAAGAGCAUAUAUAUGAACACAUUUAGGGCUGCUCAGUCAAAUUGGUUACUAUGACUAAUAUGGCAGUUUAAAUUGUGACCUGCAAUAUCUUUUUCUUCCCUUUGUUUAGGCAUGGUACAUUCAGGAAGAAGGCCACAGAAUGAUUCACUCACUAGCCAAAAUAAAGCUAGCAACAAGACAUUUGUCUAUUGUAUACACUCUAACCAAAAACCACUUGCUUUUGACAAAAAUUAAGGCUUGCUGCAUCUACUAUGCUGAUAAAUCAAACAGGAAAACAUGUCACUUUGCCGCUGUAAGAAGAGUAUAUAUUAAAACCAAAUAGCUCAUCCUUCCAUACUGUUAGGGCUUGCUAUCCACUUACAGCAUGUAAAUAGUUAUUUGGGUGCCGUGUGCUGUUUUUCAGGUGGUGCAGGUAUCAGCCAACAUUAACCAGAUUUCUGUAAUUAGGGUAACUCUAGCAACUUCUGAUUAUGCUCAUUGUUAAGAUUUUUGUUCUAGCUAAAUACUGACUUUAUUGGUGCAUACGUUCAGUUACUCAAAAGGCGUGCUAAACUAAGUUGCUCUUCCCCCAACCCCUUCCUAGAUCCAAAUAAUGGUGUCCAGUGAUCAUGUGUUUAAGAAAAAUUGAGCCAUUUAAGGUUAAAAUGAUUCAAUGCAUUUGGCUCAUUAGUUCUCCCCUCUACCCUAACCUUUUCCACAUCUUGGCUCUUUUGACUACAAUAGGGUCAUGUUUAAGUCUGAGAUGAUUUUUUUAGAAUUCCAGUCUGUGCAUAGGAUGUCAAUUCUCUGUUAAUUUAAAUACUUUUCAGUAACAGAUGGAUUCAUGGGUAUCUAGACUAGCAUGUGUUAUUCUUUCACUUGUAUAAUGGGUUUAAUAGUUUUUUACCUGUUCUUUUUGCGGAAACAGACUAACACGGCUGCUUCUCUGAAACCUAGAUUUUUAAUAUAAAAAGAAAUUACUUUGUGGACCUUAAAGGUAUCCUAGAGCUGUAUUCAUUUCAAACUAGAAAGUGAACCUGUAUGAUUGAGGGGCAGGAUACAAAAAAAAAAAAAAGGUGUUGGGGGCUCAGUACCCUCUUUUAGUGCUGCAUAGCUAAGGGAAAGGCACCUUUCCCAAUGUCGUUAUAGCCUCCAGACCCCAUAUUUAUCCUGCAUACUUCCAGAACAAUUCUACCACUCAGCCCUUCACAUUCUUCCUUCCUUCCAGGUUUUAGAAGGCCAUAGCACACUAGGCAUUUUUCUGUACCAAUGGUCAGUUAUAAUGUUCCAUAGGCUGUUGGCCCUUGUAUUCACUGCAGAAGAGUUUCACUUAGCAGCAUGGCACCUAACUGAUUGAAAUUACACCACUAACAUUAGUGAGUGUAAACCCUAAUUGAGGCACAAUUGACUUGUGUGUCAGUGUAAACACAUCCCACUAACACGAUUGGUGAGCUGUCAGUUCCCACUGCUGUCAAAGACAAAAACUCUCUUCAGCAAUGAACCUCCUUCGUUUGCUUGUGGAACAUGAACUCUGCCCCCAUAGAUCUGCAGCUAAGACACUAUUCUCCCCAGCUCCAAAUGGGGGCAGAAAUGGGGGAACAGAUGCUUCAGGAGUUUGGGGGUAGAAGGAGUGUAGAUAGCAGCUGUGCACCUCCUGCUACAGCCCCAGUGGUGAUUUGUGGUGCAUUGUGUGCUGGUAUUUGUGCUCUGAUGUACCUCUGUGGUUCCUCAGUGAAAAAGUAUCAGCUGGCAAAUUAGCAGUGGAGUGGCACAGCCGUAGCAUGGGCACUACUGAAGAUGGUGGUCGGGGAAUGGUUAGUGUGAGAAAAGGAUACUCUGGGAAAGUAGGGGGUGGGUGCAAGUCACAGGCUGAAGAUUUACUGGGGGAUAGUGGGCAUAGGAUUUGUGGUAGAUGGGGAGACGUAGAAAGAUGACUUUCAGCUGGCAAUUUAAAGAGGUUCAUUAGCUAAAGGAGCUUUUGACAGUCAUCCCAUCUGAACUGGUGUAAGGCAGCCUUAGCAUGGAUGCAAGGGCAAAUCUUACACUAUGUUCAGAUGUGUAGUAUAGCUGCACUGAAUCAGUGGUGGAACACAGGGUGCAAAACAACAAAUUACUACACUGACAAUUGAUUUCUCUAGCAUAGAUAAAUGCUAACUUAAUUUUUAAAUAAUAAUAAUGGGCAGUAAGAGUAAAGCUGCAGCAUGAUUCUGAUCUCACAUCUGUCAGUCAGGUGCAAUUCACCUGAGUCAUUGGUGUACCCUAGCACAGACCCUAGUCCUAGCCCCUUAUACUUUAGAACAGCAGCUGUGUGGUUAGUGAAACUAUUGUACUCUAGUGGUAAUGGCAACAAAUCAUCUGUUCCAAAUCUUGCCUGCCUGAGACACUUGAUAUUAGAUCAAUACAUUUUUCUAUUGUGAAAGACGCUCUAGUUAGAUAUAGGAAACACAUUGUAUAAGAUUAUUUGUUGGGUCAAUAGUGUUGAAUAUUACUAGGGCCCUAUCAAAUUCAUGGUCCAUUCUGGUCAGUUUCACAGCCAGAGGGUUUUAAAAUUGGUCAAUUUCACGAUUUCAGAUGUUUACAUCUGAAAUUUCAGGAUGUUGUAACUGUGAGGGUUCACAUCCAAAAUGGAAUCGGGGGGUGGGGGGGCGGGAAGGAGGGGAAUGCUUGCAAAGUUGUUUAAGGGGUCCCAAAAUUAGCACCCUCCCAGCUUCCUGCAGUUAGAGGAGGUUCCCGGAGGUGAAGGUGGGUAGGAUUUCCCCCCAGUGCUUCUGGAAACACCCCACCUGGGGGCUCCUAGCUGCUAGUUCAUGCCAGGGACAGAUGAAGGCAGAGCCCCCUCGCCAAUUUGAGAUCCCCCAGGAAAAAUGGACGCUCCAGUCCCAGAAGAAGCCUCAGGGCAGAAGCCCCUAGCAGGUCACCCUGAGCCCCGGUAGAAUCCGCGGGGGAAGAAGCCCUGAGCCUGCGUGCCCUGAACCCCGGCUGCAGCUGCGGGGCUGAAGCCUUGAGCCCGGGCAGCCCCAAGUCUGGACUGCUCGGAGCCCCAACUGGAGCGGCAGGGUGGCGGAAGCUCUGAGCCCAGGCUGCCCUGGCUGCAGCUGGCAGGAGCACAAGCCCUCAGCCCCAGGAGGAGCUGCUGGGGGAGGAAACCCUGAGCUCGGCACCUGGAGCCAUGGCAGAGGCCACCGGGUCAGGUGCCCAGGCUGACCCGGCUGGAGUGGCUGGUGGUGGUGAAACCCCGAGCCUGCACUGCCCUGACUGGAGCAGCAGAGGAAGCCCCUGACCCGGGCUGCCCCGAGUCCUGGCUGCAACUGCAGAGUGGAAGCCCCCAGGCGCCCAGAACCAUGGCAGGAGCCGGGUGGGUAGGGAGUGAAGGGGCAGAAACCCAGAGCCCAGGCUGCCCCAGCUGCAGCCACUGGGAGCAAAAGCCCCCAGCCCAGCAAGCUCCACUGUGGGAGGAAGCCCCGAGUUCACUGCCUGGUGCUGUGGCAGGAGCCCUGGGGGAGUGGGGGGUGGAGGAAUGGAAGCCCAGAUCCUAGCUCCUGGGCUGCUGCAGCGCAGAAGUGAGGAUGUACCACCCUCAUUUCUGCACUGCCUCUGGAGGUGGGUCUGAUCUCCCAACCAAGAGCGGCAGUGCAGGGGAAGGAAAACUCCUGUCCCUCCCCAACGCGGUCGGAAUAG